GGUUAAGGCUGCGCCGAGCAGAGGUUCGGACUGACGUCGCUGACGGUGGUUCCCCUCGGAUGAGGAUGGGAGAGCCCGGCCAGCUGAAACCCGAGCUCCCGCUCAGCUGGGGCUUGGGGAGGUCCCUGUAAGAGCCGCCUGCCCGCUGCUGGCCUCCUCCGCCCCUCCCCAGCAGUCAUCGGCACCGCCGCCGGAACGAUGGAGCGGGGCUGGUGGCCGCAGCUGGGGCUCACAUUCCUGCAGCUCUUUCUCAUCUCGGCCUUGCCAAGAGAGUACACAGUCAUUAAUGAAGGCUGCCCUGGAGCUGAGUGGAAUAUCAUGUGUCGGGAGUGCUGUGAAUAUGAUCAGAUUGAAUGCGUCUGCCCUGGGAAGAGGGAAGUCGUGGGUUACACCAUCCCGUGCUGCAGGAACGAGGAGAAUGUAUGUGACUCCUGCCUGAUUCACCCAGGUUGUACCAUCUUCGAAAACUGCAAGACCUGCCGCAAUGGCUCAUGGGGCGGCACUCUGGAUGACUUCUACGUGAAGGGGAUCUACUGUGCAGAAUGCCGAGCGGGCUGGUAUGGAGGAGACUGCAUGCGAUGUGGCCAGGUUCUGCGAGCCCCAAAGGGUCAGAUUUUGUUGGAGAGCUACCCCCUAAAUGCUCACUGUGAGUGGACCAUUCACGCCACACCUGGGUUUAUCAUCCAGCUAAGGUUUGUCAUGCUCAGCCUAGAGUUUGACUACAUGUGCCAGUAUGACUACGUUGAGGUCCGUGAUGGGGACAGCAGUGGUGGCCAGAUCAUCAAGCGUUUCUGUGGCAAUGAGCGGCCGGGUCCCAUCCGGAGCACGGACUCCUCACUCCACAUCCUCUUCCAGUCAGAUGGCUCCAAGAAUUUCGAUGGCUUCCAUGCCAUUUUUGAGGAGAUCACAGCGUGUUCCUCGUCUCCUUGUCUCCACGAUGGCACUUGCGUCCUUGACCAAACCGGGUCGUACAGGUGUGCCUGCCUGGCAGGCUACACUGGGCAGCGCUGUGACAAUGUUCUUGAAGAACAAAACUGCUCAGACCCUGGGGGCCCAGUCAAUGGGUACAAGAAAAUAACAGGAGGCCCUGGGCUGAUCAAUGGGCACCAUGCAAAAAUUGGCACCAUUGUGUCCUUCUUUUGUAACAACUCAUAUGUUCUUAGUGGCAAUGAGAAGAGAACUUGCCAGCAGAACGGCGAGUGGUCAGGGAAACAGCCCAUCUGCAUAAAAGCCUGCCGAGAACCAAAGACCUCAGACCUGGUGAGACGGAGAGUUCUUCCAAUGCAGGUUCAGUCAAGGGAGACGCCAUUGCACCAGCUGUACUCGGCAUCCUUCAGCAAGCAGAACUUGCAGAGCACCCCUACUAAGAAGCCAGUCCUUCCCUUUGGGGACCUGCCCGCCGGGUACCAGCAUCUGCAUACCCAGCUCCAGUAUGAGUGCAUCUCGCCCUUCUACCGCCGCCUGGGCAGCAGCCGGAGGACGUGCCUGAGGACAGGGAAGUGGAGUGGACGUGCCCCGUCCUGCAUCCCUAUCUGUGGGAAAACUGAGAACAUCACUGCUCCAAAAACCCAGGGGAUGCGCUGGCCAUGGCAGGUAGCCAUCUACAGGAGGGCCAGUGGGGUGCCUGGGGGCAGCCUACACAAGGACACAUGGUUCCUGGUCUGCAGCGGCGCCCUGGUGAACGAGCGCACUGUUGUGGUGGCUGCGCACUGUGUAACCGACCUGGGGAAGGUCACUGUGAUUAAGACGGCAGACCUCAAAGUUGUCCUGGGGAAAUUCUACCGAGAUGAUGACCGAGAUGAGAAGACCAUCCAGAGCUUGCGGAUUUCUGCGAUCAUUCUGCAUCCCAACUAUGACCCCAUCCUGCUGGACAUGGACAUUGCCAUCCUGAAGCUGCUAGACAAGGCUCGCAUCAGCACCCAUGUCCAGCCCAUCUGCCUUGCAGCCCCUCGGGACCUCAGCACCUCCUUUCAGGAGUCCCGCAUCACUGUGGCAGGCUGGAACGUCCUGGCAGAUGUGAGAAGUCCCGGCUUUAAGAAUGACACGCUGCGCUCUGGGGUGGUGGGAGUGGUGGACUCGCUGCUGUGUGAGGAGCAGCAUGAAGACCACGGUAUCCCAGUGAGUGUCACAGACAACAUGUUCUGCGCCAGCCGAGACCCCACAGUGCCUUCCAACAUCUGCACUGCAGAGACGGGGGGCAUUGCGGCUGUGUCCUUCCCGGGACGGGCAUCACCUGAGCCACGCUGGCACCUGGUGGGGCUGGUCAGCUGGAGCUAUGACAGAACAUGCAGCCACAGCCUGUACACGGCCUUCAGCAAGGUACUGCCUUUUAAAGACUGGAUCGAGAGAAACAUGAAAUGAGCCUGAGGCCCAUUGGGAAUGCAUGCUUUUCCAUGCAUCCAUCGGUACAUGUGUUACAUGAGGUGUGAACCUGAAGGGUGUUGCUCCCUGUGAGUUUGGCUGGGCCAGGGCUCUGACUUCAGGGAAGAAACUCGGUAAAGGGUGAGUAGAGCUCACUUUCUGGUAGGCGUUGCCUCCUUGACUGCUCGGACUAUUUGGAAGACACCAGGGCUGCUUGCAAGAACUAAGUUUCUUCAAAAAGACUUUAUGAAUAGCAAAGAAAAGGUCCCCAUUCAACCGACCUGGUGGCCUUCCCCACCUGCUCUUUAGUGGUACGAAUGUCAUGGUCAGCUCUGGUCAAGAGAAGGCUGACCAGGAGAUCUGGGCCUCAGAGGCCUCUUCCAAGGCUCUAGCCAGACCAAGUUCCAAAGAGCCACCUGUGUGACAACCCAGGACAGUGGAGUUUGAACAUGGUGUGGGCUUUUGUGUACAUUACCACAUCACAGUGGGGUCCUUUUCCUUCCCAGUCCCCUGUACACAUUUUAAUAAAAUGAAGGUUGGCUUCUGACCUACAGAACAGA